UCCCCAGACGGAGGACUCCACGCUCGCCCCCGACGCCCGCGGCACCAUGUCCUCCCCGCAGGAGUCGCCCCCCAACAAUAACAACAACCCGCCGCCUGAGGGGACGCCCGCCGAGCCGGGCCUGAACAGGAGGAGGGGAGAAGAGUGGGAAGAAGUGAUGAGCCCCUCAGGUAGCUCGUACAGGUGCAAACGGAUGACUUCAGAACAGAACAAUGUGGAAGGAAAGAAAGGCUCCUGGGUUGAGUUGCAGAUGAAUGGAAAUGGCAAUGACAAUGGCAAUGCAAAAAAUGGGGGUCUGGAACAUGUUCCUUCUUCAUCUUCCAUCCACAAUGGAGAUAUGGAGAAGAUCCUUCUAGAUGCUCAGCAUGAAUCUGGGCAGAGCAGUUCAAGGGGUAGUUCUCACUGUGACAGCCCUUCUCCUCAAGAAGAUGGACAGAUAAUGUUUGAUGUAGAAAUGCACACAAGUAAAGACAAUAGUUCGCAGUCUGAAGAGGAGCCAGUAGAAGGAGAGAAGGAUGUGGAAAUUUUGAAGAAAAGUGCUGACUGGGUAUCAGACUGGUCAAGUAGACCUGAAAACAUUCCUCCCAAGGAAUUUCACUUCAGACACCCUAAAAGAGCUGUAUCUCUAAGUAUGAGGAAGAGCGGAGCCAUGAAGAAAGGUGGCAUUUUCUCGGCUGAGUUCCUUAAGGUUUUCAUUCCAUCUCUGUUCAUAUCUCAUGUUUUGGCUUUGGGACUAGGCAUCUACAUUGGAAAACGACUGACCACACCUUCUGCUAGCACUUAUUGAAAGAAGCAGUGCACAAAUCCUGGAAAUCCUUGUGAUCUGUGAAGGUGUUAAUGUCACACUAGUACAUUUGGACUUGAGACAAUUUUAAGCAUGACCCCUUCCCAGCCUCCACCUUGUCUUUGCAUAUCCAGGUUCCAGUAACUUUUGGAAUUCAGUAUUGUAUUGGAACUCUGUGGAGGUGUCUCACUAAUCUCCUUCCCCCUUUCCUCAGCCCUCCCAUAUGUCCUGCAAGACACAUCAGAGUUGCCUAACAGAGUUUACAAUUGCCUAUACGUUGCAAGGGCUUCUUGAGUGCAAAAUGCCACCAGCAAAUUAUAAUUUUAUCAGUGAUGCUGUUGCCUCCUCUUUAUUACAGCAAGGAAUAAUGUGCACAGUGCAUGAUUGAACUGUUGAGUGUAACAAUCUUCAGUCUCUUAAAGAAACUGAGAAUGAACUGAAGUUGGUUGUAAAAUAAACUAAAUGUCAUAGUUUUUAACAAGGUGUAGCUUAUUUUACAACUCUUGACAAUUUUUUCUUGAGUUUUUCGGAGGCAAAAACUGCACAAAAGUUUAAAAAAAAAAAAAAACCAGGAUAAAAAUUUAUUCAUCAGCAACUUUUAAUACUGAGUAACUGUCAUUAUCUUGUAUUUUCUAUGAAGUAGUGAGUUUAUUUCUGGUAGAAAAACCUGUCCAACAUCUAGAAAUUGAUUUUUAAAAAUCAAUUGCAUUAUUUGCAUGUGAAGAAGCUUCUAGUAUUUCUUAGCAUUUUAUUUAAUGAGAGUUUUCAAGUUUCUUUAAACGUAGUUUGACUUGAAGUUUAUUUUCUCUUUUGAAGUAUUUAGGCUCCGCGUAAAAGGAGAUUUUUUUUUAAACUCAUCUCAAUGUAAAAGGAGAUUCUUCCAUAACUUCCAAAGGAGUUAUGGAACAACUUUCAGUUUACAAAGAGAUGGUUGUCUCAACAGCUUCUUGAGGCAUCCUACCUAGAAACAGUCUUGCAAUUGUGUGAAACACAAUUUACAAAGCUCUGAACUGUCUUUUGUGGUUGAGUUUCAUUACUCCCAUUUUUCAUGGUUUACUGUUGAAUCUCCCUUGGCGAUACCUGAAAUCCUAAGGUCCUUAGGGAUAAAUUGUAUAGCUAGACAGAAAUCUCACUAAUGGAAAAACUUGGCCUUGUCCUCCUUCAGAGACACUCUUUUUUUCCUUCAAAAUGUGAAUCUUUAGUUCCAAAUUGUGUCAAAGUAUCUGGGCAAACAGAUGUCCCUAAGUAGAUUUGUACUGGGUUUUGGAACAUGUAGCAUGAUUCUGAAGGAUACAAUUUUCUGUUUUUAUUUAUACCUAUAUCUAUAUAAAAUACUCUUUAAUACUACAUAUUUAGGAAACCAUUACUAAUUUUAAGCCUAGCAAAAUUUCAUUGAAAUAGAAUGCAUUAGAUUGACAGCAAAAAAAGACUUACCUGUAGAAACAGGUAAUCCUUUUUUCUGUUUUCAUCAGAUCAGUGAACAUGAAGCUGGGAGGAUAAGCAUGGUGAAACUGAAAGGUUCUUUUUUGCUAAUUCUGUGGUAAGAGUUGGACCCCCCCCACCACCCCCGCACCUUCCAGUUUUGAAUGAAAGCACUUGUAUUACUUGCAACUAUAUAUUUAUUUCCUGUGUGGAUAUUGGGAUAAUUUUGAGGUGAUUAAACACAUUUGUUUUGUGUUUUUUAAAACCCAGGUAGGGUUAAAGGUCUGACUGUACUUUUAGCCCCAAUUACUGUACCUUAUUUUGUAACACAAUUGCAAUCUGGAGAAAUGUGUGUAAACUUGGGACCAUGUUUAUUAAAAAUAAAACUUUACUCCUUUCCAAAUUACUAAUGAUUAAUCUGAAGAAUGCUGUGUGGUAGAAUAAGCAUAUUGACUGAACACCUUCAGUAAUAUUCCAAGCAGAUGUGAGAGUAAAAUUGCUGAUGGAAAUAUACCAUUGAGUACCUGAUCGCUGGUGAGCUUGUCAUGCAAUAAUACAAAGCUGUAUAUCAGUAACUAGCUGUAAGCUUGGAAUGAAAGACUAUGACUUUAAGUUCUAUUAUGAAAUGGACCAGAUAGUUGUAUAAUUGGAAAAGGGGUAUCAACUAUAAACUUUCUUAAGAUAAAUAUUGUUAAAUAGCCUUAUAUGUGUUUACAGUUGGGGGUGGGGGGUGGAUGCAGGCCUUGUUUUCUAAUGUUCAGUGAAAAACUGGCUUGAAAUACUUGUACAUAGGAUCAAGCAGAAAUGCAGAAACUCGCACAUUAAAGUGCAGCAGACUGACUGCAACUACUACUAAAGUCUUGUUAUCAAUCUUGGGUAAUCUUGUGUUUGGACACUCCUCCCAUUAUCCCCAGCCACUGUGGCUGAAGUCUGGGCGUGAUGGGCAUUGUAGUCCCAAAAUAAGCUACCCUAGACUGCUAUUUACUGUUUAAAAAGUGAAAAAAGGACUUUGUUAGAAAUCCCUUAAACAGAAACAGUGCUGAAAUUAUUGGAGUUAACCUGAGCCAAAGUGGUUAUGCAUUCUUCAUAUAUAGUUAGCACUUUGUAACAACAUUAUAUACAGUUUACGGUACAUGUAUAAGUUGUAGCUAUAAACAUUUUGUGCCAUUAAAGCUGUCCCAAAACUGGG